AUGAUGCGAGCAUUUCGCAAGUUCCCGGUGGCCAAGGCGGCCAGGGUGCUCCCGCGGCAGCUGCCGCCUCAACAUGCCCGCGCCUUCUCCGCCCAUCCAGAGGCGUUCAAGGCGGCCUACGAGGCCCACGUGGCCGAGCGCGCCGCCGAAGGCGGCCUGCCACCGCUGGCCUUGGAUGCCAGCCAGGCUGAGUCGGUGGUCGAGAUGCUGAAGAAGGCUCCUGGCGAUGGCUCCUUCUACGUUGACCUCCUCCGAAAUCGGGUGAACCCGGGAGUCGAUGACUCCAGCUACGUGAAGGCCAACUUCCUCCGUGACAUCAUCCACGGUACCGUCUCGACGCCCCUGGUCUCGAAGGCGGAUGCGGUGGAGAUGCUCGGUUGGAUGCAGGGAGGCUACAACGUCGCCCCGCUCGUCGAGGCCCUCGACCUCGACCAGGAGCUUGCUACCGGGGCAGUCUCGGGCCUCAGCCGCAUGAUCCUGAUGUUCGAUGCGUACCAUGACGUGGAGGACAAGAUGAAGAAGGGGAACCCCUUUGCCAAGCAGGUCAUCGAGUCCUGGGCCAACGCGGAGUGGUUCACCAGUCGACCCACGGUUCCGGAGAAGGUGACCCUGUGCGUUUUCAAAGUCACGGGCGAGACCAACACCGAUGACCUGUCGCCGGCCCCCGAUGCCUGGUCGCGCCCAGACAUCCCCCUGCAUGCCUUGGCGAUGCUGAAGUUUCCGCGCGACGGCAUCACCAAUGCUGCGCAGCAGAUCGCAGACCUGAAGAAGAAGGGCCACCAGCUCGCCUACGUCGGCGAUGUGGUGGGCACUGGAUCCUCGCGCAAGUCCGCCACGAACUCCAUCCUCUGGUACAUGGGCCAGGACAUCCCCUGCGCUCCGAACAAGCGCACCGGUGGCUUCGUGAUCGGUGGCGUGAUCGCGCCCAUCUUCUUCAAUACCAUGGAGGACUCCGGUGCUUUGCCGCUGGAAAUGGACGUGAAGGAUAUGAACAUGGGUGACCUCAUCGACCUGUGCGUCUACGAGCAGGUGAUUAAGAAGCACGGAAGCGACGAGGUCAUCACCAAGUUCGACCUGAAGCACGGGCUGAUGUUGGACCAGGUGCAGGCGGGCGGGCGCAUCCCGCUCAUCAUCGGCCGCGGCCUCACCAACAAAGCCCGCGAGAGCCUCAACAUGGGCUUGUCGACCACCUUCAAGCAGAUGGCCCAGCCAGAUGUGAACGUGAAGGGCUUCACCCUGGCCCAGAAGAUGGUCGGAAAGGCUUGCGGAGUGGACGGCGUGGUGCCGGGCGCCUACUGCGAGCCCCGCAUGGGGACGGUCGGCUCCCAGGACACCACCGGGCCCAUGACGCGCGACGAGCUCAAGGACCUGGCCUGCCUCGGCUUCCAGGCCGACCUUGUCAUGCAGUCCUUCUGCCACACGGCGGCCUACCCGAAGCCUGUGGACGUGAUCACGCACCGCACCCUGCCCAAGUUUAUCGCCGACCGCGGUGGCGUGGCCCUGCGCCCGGGCGAUGGCAUCAUCCACUCCUGGCUCAACCGCAUGCUGCUUCCGGACGAGGUCGGAACCGGCGGAGACUCACACACCCGCUUCCCUCUGGGCAUCUCUUUCCCGGCCGGCUCCGGGCUCGUGGCCUUCGGUGCGGCCACGGGCGUGAUGCCUCUGAACAUGCCCGAGUCGGUUCUGGUGCGCUUCAGCGGCAAGAUGCAGCCGGGGGUGACCUUGCGCGACUUGGUCCAUGCCAUCCCGUACUAUGCCAUCAAGCAGGGUUUGCUGACCGUGGAGAAGAAGGGCAAGAAGAAUAUCUUCAAUGGUCGCAUCUUGGAGAUUGAGGGCCUCCCGGACCUCAAGUGCGAGCAGGCCUUCGAGCUGUCGGACGCCUCGGCCGAGCGUUCCGCAGCCGGUUGCACGAUCAAGCUGAACGAGGACUCCGUCAAGGAGUACCUGACCUCCAACAUCACGCUCCUGAAGUGGAUGAUCUCCGAGGGAUACAGCGAUGCCCGCACGCUCGCCCGCCGUGUCAGCAAGAUGGAGAAGUGGCUGGAGAGCCCCGCAUUGCUGGAGGCGGACAAGGAGGCCGAGUACGCGGCGGUGAUCGACAUCAACCUGGACGAGCUCAAGGAGCCGGUGCUCUGCUGCCCCAACGACCCCGAUGAUGCCAAGACCCUCACGGAGAUUGGCACCGCCGGGAUCGACGAGGUGUUCAUCGGCUCAUGCAUGACGAACAUCGGCCACUAUCGCGCGGCCGGGAAGAUGCUGAGCCAGUUCGAUGGACAGCUCUCCACCCGCUUGUGGAUUGCCCCGCCGACCAAGAUGGACGAGGAGCAGCUGACCAAGGAGGGAUACUACUCCGUCUACGGCAAGGUCGGUGCCCGCACGGAGAUGCCAGGAUGCUCCCUGUGCAUGGGCAACCAGGCCCGCGUGGCCGACAACGCCACGGUGGUGUCGACCUCGACUCGUAACUUCCCGAACCGCUUGGGCAAGGGCGCCAACGUGUACCUGGCCUCCGCGGAGCUCAGCGCAGUGGCCGCCAUCCUCGGGCGGCUGCCGACCAAGGAGGAAUACCUGAAGUACCACGCCGAGUUGGCCAAGGAUGAGGGCUCCAUCUACAAGUACUUGAACUUCGACCAGGUUGCGGACUACGUCGCGAAGGCUGACAAGGUGAAGAUGGCGGAGUACUCCUAG